GCCCCGGCCCCGCUGUGAGGGCGGCGGGAGGCGGCGGGCGGAGGGCGCCGGGGGCGGGCGGCUUUGGGCCUCGCUCCCCGCCUCGAUCCCUCCCUUGUCGUCUCGAUCCCUUCCCCAGCGCUCCUAGGAGGCUCCCCGGAGCCGAGUAAGGGGACGAGGCUGAGGUGCGGCCCCUCCCGGCGGCAUGAACCGGCCUUACCGCGGGGCCGCGGGCAGCCGGGGCCUGGGCACGAUGGAGGUGAAGAGCAAGUUUGGAGCAGAGUUUCGACGGUUUUCUCUGGAGAGGUCCAAACCUGGGAAGUUUGAGGAGUUCUAUGGAUUACUGCAGCACGUGCACAAGAUACCCAAUGUUGAUGUUCUAGUGGGAUAUACAGACGUUCACGGAGACCUGCUGCCUAUCAAUAAUGACGACAACUAUCAUAAAGCAGUUUCCACAGCCAAUCCUCUGCUCAGGAUUUUCAUUCAGAGAAAAGAAGAUGCAGACUACAGUGCCUUUGGUACCGAUACUAUGACAAGGAAGAAAAAUGUCUUAUCAAAUGUGUUACGUCCGGAUAAUCACAAGAAGAAACCACACAUUGUCAUUAGCAUGCCGCAAGACUUCAGACCGGUGUCUUCUAUUAUAGACGUAGAUAUUCUUCCAGAAACCCAUCGCAGGGUACGGCUUUACAAGUACGGAACUGACAAACCCCUGGGAUUCUAUAUACGAGAUGGCUCUAGUGUCAGAGUAACGCCCCAUGGAUUAGAGAAAGUUCCGGGGAUUUUCAUAUCCAGGCUUGUCCCUGGAGGUCUGGCGCAAAGCACAGGCUUGCUGGCUGUCAAUGAUGAAGUACUGGAGGUGAAUGGAAUAGAAGUUUCAGGAAAAAGCCUUGAUCAGGUUACAGACAUGAUGAUUGCAAACAGCCGUAAUUUGAUCAUUACAGUAAGACCAGCAAACCAGAGAAAUAACGUUGUGAGGAACAGUCGGACUUCUGGCAGCUCUGGUCAGUCUACUGAAUCUAGCCUUCCAAGUAGCACACCAAAUAUUUUAGCAAAUUUCUUGCAAGGAGAAGAAGAGAGCGAUGAAGAGGACAUUGUUAUUGAAGACAGUGGUGAGCCACAGCAGAUUCCAAAAGCUGCACCUACCAACGAAAGCAUAGAAUCGUUGACGCAAAUUGAACUCCUUCAUGAGUCAACACAAAACGGCUUCCUUCCUUCCAGAGAGAUGAACUUGAAUCAUUCAGCAGGCAGCAUUAGCAUGGAAUAUGAAGUACAAGAUCCAGAUCAUAAAUCAUUAGAAGAUGGAACUAUAAUAACGCUAUGAAAUUACAUUGGUGUACUUUGUACUUAGCAAGGAUGCCAUACGUGUUUUGAUUUGGUUUAAUAUGUAAUAUGUUUUAUACCUCUCCAUCUACUGAGCACUGCAGUUAGAUUAAAAGGAGAAAAAAAGUAAAUAUACGAGACAUUCAAAAUGAUGUAAGUUGACUAACUUCAGUUAAUUCUGCACUUCCAUGUAAAUACUUCACAAAGAUAAAGUUAGUUGAUAACUGACUGAAAUUGGAUGAGGAAAAUUUAAACUGAAAAUGAAGGAUAGCUAAGAGAUGGCUGUGAGCUUUCUUUUAAAGGUACUUGAUUUUUUUUAUGUGAAAUACUACUGGUUCUAUAGAAGCAAACUUCCAUUAUUGUUUGAGGUCGAUUAUCUAAUGUGCUGUGGUUUCAUGUUCAACUGAAGUGCUGCUUACGUACGGUGGUGCUGCUUUAGCCACUUCAUUCCUGUUCUGGUCUGCUGUUUUGCUGGUAGAGCUGUUUGUGUGGCUCUGCGUACGAGGAAACAGAAAAAUAACCAGGAGGUGGGGUGGGAGGAGAUUCUUGGUUGGUCAAACUCCCUGAUAGUGGUAGGUGACAGGGGUCAGCACCCUGACAGCAGUCAGGGCUUGGAGGUGGGGGCUUCUAAAGUUGUGUCCCUUUGUAAGUGGAUGUGCAACCACAGGCUCAUUAGUCAGGCACCUUUACUGUUCUUAAUUUGCCUUUUAUGGCCACGUUAACUUACUUUUAAUGACACUACAAUUUUUGAACUCAAAUGUGAAAGUCUUAAUACUUCUGUAUCUCAAAGACCUGUUCUCAUUUUAGUUUGCAAUAUUUAAGGAUAUCAUUGGAUUUAGUUGCUAAUCCCAGUAAGUUUUAAAGAAAUCAGAUGUAAACAUAAUGCUAUGGAAAUAACAUACUAUGUAAUCUAUGUUAAAAAUCAGUCCUAGUAGAAGCUGUAAAGAUUUCUACUAGCAAAAGUUUGUUGUAGUGUAUCUAAUCUAUGUGAAAAGUCACUUUUUGCAAACCUAAAUGAUUCAGAGCAGCUUAAAUUGACUUAAAUUCCUGGAUUAAAAAAAAAAAAAAAAAGCAGAUUGAAGUCAGGACGAGGCUUUAAUAGAACUUGAGCUGUGUGUUAUUAAAACUGUUUGUUCUGAUGAACUUGACCGUAGAUACCGAUCUUCCUGUGCACCACUGAUUGGGUGUUUUGAAUCUUACAAAGUUGCUGUAUGUAAAGCAAAAUACUGGUGACAAGUCCUGAUACUGCAAAUGUACAAGCAAGCAUGCACAUAAUCAGCUGCAAAUUUACUAGGACAAUUGUAAGGAAAGGUUUCUAUCAUACUCUCUCCCCAUUUGGCAUCUCCUGUUUCACCACUUGGCACUGUUCCCUACCUGACCCUAUGUCGGGAACAUAAGUUGUCGCAGGAAAAUGAGAUAGGAACAAAUAGGGUUGAGGAGAAGGAUGCAUGGAGCUUCUCAGUAGGGAUCCAGCAGUCUAGGCCAACCUCUGAGCGAGGUAGGAUGUGACCAGUUCUUGUACUGUGCUUACCAGAGCCAGUACUUCAGGUUUUUGGAAGCGUGUUCUGCCUUGUGGGGAGAUGUAAUGAGCAGGAAAGGAGACUAAUCCUGUUCUUUUUCCUCAGUCUAUCUUGGGGAAACAUCUACCUCUGGUAACUCUACUGACAUGAGAGUAAUGUUAAGGCAUCUGUAAAAGGCUUCAUAGCACAUCAGAGGGUAAAACUCCAUUUGUUUAAGCUCUUUGUAAUUAUACAAACAAAAUUGCUACAGGUAUUAGUGAUGUUUAAUUUUAAAUUAAUAAUCUCAAGUAUUUUCAAGCCUUCAAUAACAUUGGAGUUCUAGUCUCAUAGAUGUCAAGGAAGGCUUUGUUAAUGCCCCUUCUGAUUUAUGGAGAGUUGGCAUAACAGACAAUGGCACACAUUGCAAAUGCAGGUUAGGGUUGUUUUGUUGGAUUGAUUUAUGGCUUCCUUAGUAUGCAUGUGGAGAGGCCCUGGAAUGUUUUCGCACAAGACCAAGAAUUUAAGCGUUUUACUUAUAUUGCUGAUUAUUAAAAUGAAGUUACUACAUCCACUUAGAGUGAAAUGAGAAAAAUAAAUCGUUCUGCAAUGUGUAAAUUUUAUAUAUGCAUAUUUUCUGUCAGUGCUGCUCUACACUUCCUUUAUUGAAGGAAAAUUGUUUACUUUAAGAUAUCUUUUUUCCUUUAUCAAAAGACUUUCCUGUAUGAAAUCAUCAGUCGACGGUGACUUUCAUUUAUUAUGCUAGUUUGCACUUCUGUGCCUUUUGUUUACUUGAAUGUAUUGUGAAUUAUCGAAGGAAUAAAGGCACGUGGAUGAGAAGAGAAUGAGGUCCACAGAUACAGAAGAUGAACUGGUAGUGCACUUAAUACAGGUGUAAUGUUUUCAUUUGGUGGAAGUAUAUUCUGGGUCUACUGUGGUACUUUAGUAUUUUGCAGCUUAGGUGCAAGGUGAGCUUACACAGGAGGGUUGAGUCUGAGACUGCUAAUGUUACAAGGCAAUUCAUUGCUCAAAUACAAACACCCAAAGUGAGUGUGCUACCAAACUCUUGUGUUACCUAAUUUGUGCUUUUAACAGAUGCAUGAAGAUUUUGGAUAUACAUGCCAGUAUUAAGGACUUGUAGAAAUUUAACUAGGGUCCCACUAUGAAUUGCAUGAGGAUUAAUCUCUUAGGACCUUUCCUGCAAACUGAUUGAUCUAAAUACAUGCGAUAAUAUAUUUUUUAACAAGUAAUGUUCUGUUUUACAGAAAUUCUAUAACAUAUGUAGUAAAACUGAGCAUUUGGGACUUGAUUAAAAAAUUAAAAAUUAAACCUUAAUUUUUUUUUAGUGUAUUUACAGUUACAGUGACAGACUGCACAGCAUAUAAUCGCUUAAUGCUGCAGUGGCCAUGAAACUUCUAAAGUUCUUCCAUAUCUUACUAAUGCAUAUACUAUGAUGAAAUACUUUCAAAUUGUUACUUCAGGAUGAUCAAUGGUUGAUUAUGAAUGGCUAAAUUUUAUAUAUAAAUGGUACUGGGGCUCAGUAUAGGGUUUUGAAAAUAUGCUGAUAUCGUUAGCCUUUCAUUCACUACCUCCUAAAUUUUUAACAUCUUUACAAUUUUCUCCUUGGAAGAAAAUGCUUAAAGGCUUGACUGUUUUUAUACAGAUUUUUAUCUUUAGCUAUAUAAAAAAAAAAUCCAGAAGUGAUAGUGAGGUUGCUACGCAUGACUGACAAUAUUAAGCUGCUAUUAAUGUUAAUUUUUGUGUAUUACGCAUCAUAUAUAUGUAAAUUGUAUUUUCAAUCCAGAUUUUAUAAAUUAAUUUAUAAAUAUCCAAAUUAUUUCAAAAAUGGAGUGGAAAACUAAAAUUCCUUUGAGUAGUGUUGCAUGUCGUGUACAUGCAUGGGGGAAGUUGUUCCUUUCUUGCGACUGGGAGGUUUAAGUGCACCUUAAUAGGAAAGAAUAAAUUCUUCAUAGAAUUAAGAUGCAUUUACUUUGAAGUUCUGCUAAGGUACUGGAUAAGUCAAGCCUAACUGUGAAUCUUAUGUUUUUCCACAGCUGAAUUAAAUUUAGGACAAUGUUCUCACAAGCUGUCUUUAACGUGUAUUUUUGUGAAUAUUAUGUAUUUUCUAAUUAAAUUUUCCUUGCAAUGUGAUUUUUACAUGAAUGAACUUGUUUAAAAUGUCAAAUAUCAGUAUUUUUCUUACAACUUCAAUGUAUAAUGUACAUUGGUAUCUCACUGAAUGAAGACUGAUUUUAUGAAAUCAAGCUAGCUGUAGUAGUUGUAUAUUAGUCUUAUAUUUUUACAGACUGGAAUAAUAAACGGAUAUAGAAAU